CGUCGCGAGCGGGGCCCGCGGGCGGCGAAAAAAAAAACAGAACGAGAGAGAAGGCCCCGCGCGCAUUUUGGCGUUUUUUUUUUUUUAGAGUCCGGUCUGUUCCCUUCUGUCAACAGGCCCGCCUGAGCCCUCCGCGGAAAGAUGAGCCUGGCCAAAAAGAGGUCCAAAGACGGACCGAACGUGGUGGUAGCUGGAAGCAGCAGGUCCUCGAGCGAAUCGGCGUUCGUCGGCCAGCCCGUCUACGUCAAUCGCCUGCCCGACCUACCCUGCGAGGCGAAAAUGCUGAAAAUUCCUCUCGACGCUCACCGCUUCACCGCCUACCGGCCCAACAUGCUAGAACAACGCUACCAUUACGAAGCGCAUAAGGGCGUCGACUUGGACUUGGACUUCGACCUAGUGGACGCCCUGAAUUGGGAAUCCCCGUGGGCCAAACUCGACAUCCUGCAGCCCUCCAAGAGGCUCGCGAGGUCCACCAAGGGAAAGGAGGACGACAAGCCCAUCAUGUCUUACGAAGAGUAUUUGAAGAAAAAAAAAAGCGAACUUCGCUCUAUCCAAAACGAAGCAAAGCAGAAAGGGAUAGUGGCCGCUUCGGACUCCACCCUGCCCCUAGACAAGCAACUCUCGCUGAUCCCCAAAGAACAGCAGGAGAUAUUCUACUCGCUCAAGGUGCUCCCCUCAACCGCCUCGGUGAGAAUCAUGCCCGUGGCCGGCACCGUCCCGUGGCUCAAACACACCGAAUACAUCUCGGGAGAUCGGGACUUGUCGAGGUUCAACACGACGCCCAACAUUUCCAGCCUGUUGAUGGAAGAGGACUCGGACCUGGAAGACGAGGGCAUUCAAGAAACGGGCGUGCGCAACUUGGGUACAAAAACCGACAAAAACAUAUCGAUUUUGAAUUCGUACAUGACAAUUUCCGAAGAAACACUCAAACGAGCGAUAGGCGACAUCGAAUCCUCCUUCGAAGUCAUCGAAAGCCGGUCCGCUAUCUUCCACCCCACGAGAGCGGGCAAGCAGGACGUGCACAUCGUCGAAGAGUGGGACGUGCUUCCGGACGAGACGCUUUGGCCGACAAAUUACGCCAGCGUACAACUAGACGUUGGAGAAUGUAAUUUGUGGAAAACGCUCGUUCCAAAAUUAGACGACCAAAACGAGUUGAACGCGGAAGCCGAUCAGACCCCCGAAUUGCCGAUUUUACUGCCCAUUCGAGUCAAACCUGACUCGCUACUCUCCUGGAGUCCCUCGCUGGUGGAGAAGUAUGGCCUCGACCAAAGUCGAGUCCGCGCGUCCGUCUCCAAGGCGAAGCCAGAGCUGCUGGCCCUGCUGGUCCCGAACAACCAAGAGAAGGAUGACGUCAAAAAAAGCACCAAAUACAACCAAGCCCGCUUUUACCAGGUGGAAACCGAAAACCUCCAACCGAGCUUCGAAUCGUCCGGGAGCUACAUCUUCAUGAUGUCGCCUACUGUGGUGCGCGCUGAAGAAGACGACGAAAAAUGCCAAGAAAACACAAACGAAAGUGCCAAACAACCCGAAACGCCGUCGCAACAGAUAAAAGUGGGUAUCGCAACGUUCAAAAGCGUCGAUGCUCACUUCAUCCUGAAGAAACCGUCGCUCAAAGACCGACAGAAAGUCAAAGCGAAAAACCUGUCUACACACCGAGUCACCAGGCACGUCGAUAUGCAGGCAGGAUUGGAAAAAAUGAGACAAGAUACCCUCGAUCAGCUGAAAGCCCAAUCCGAUUCACUAAAAACACAAUUGUAAAACACGAUGGACCUGCAAGCGCCAUGUGUCGAGUGUUAAUGCCCAAAACAUGCAGUUCUUUUGACAAGUGCGCUCCCCCUCCCCACACGGCCUCGUGUACUCCAGAUGUAAUCGAAUGUUUUUAUGACGAUCAAACGACUCUCACCGCCGUCGUUUGCACGCGACGAAGCAUUCUGACAAAGCCCAGUCAAAAAGCUGCAUUUUUGAUUCUCAGGCAUAAAUAUAGCAUAACGCGGCUCCAUUAUGCGCUCUCUGACAUCGCCUCUGUCGGCGAACUCUUGAGGCGCUGCUCGUUGCGGCUGCACAGAGGCAUCACUCCGUUCUUCGCGGCGCCCUGCGCCAAAAAAGGGCAGCUCGACGGCCACGGCAAAGCGUUUGGACCCAAACGAUGAGUAUUCGAAGGCGAAAGACAAACUCCGAUUGUACAAAAAUUUAUUAAAUGAUGACGGCCAGAAUCUGCUCGCAAUUUGCUCAUAACGAGUACACAAAA